AUGAAGUUUGGACUGCCCCUGGCCGUGCUGGCACUCGCCUCGUCUGCAGCUGCGCACUUCACCCUGGACUAUCCGACGACGCGUGGAUUCGACGAGGACAAGGAGGACGACAACUUCUGCGGCGGCUUCUCCAACGUCUCGCUGCCGCGCCAGCCAUGGUACUACCGAAACGGGCCUGUGCAGAUUGACAGCCAUCACGACUCGGCGACGGUCAACAUCUAUAUCUCCUUUGACGUGCCUACUGGCUCCGAGUCGUUCCUCAAGACGUCAAACGGCACUUCUGUGCCUCCCCUGCGCCAGAAUCUCGCCAUCAAGGGCGAGGGCGAAUUCUGCUUCCACGCCAAUGCUUCGAGCCUCGACGUUCCCGGCGUGCGCGUCGCCGACGGCACCAACGCCACCAUCAUGGUAGAGUUCAUCAGCGUGCACGGACACCUGUACCAGUGUUCGGACGUCAGCUUCACCUCGAAUGCAAGCGUCGGUGCCAAUCUCACCUGCACCGAUUCGCUCACCUCUGGCAGCACCAGCUCGAGCUCCAAUUCCAGCUCGGCCUCGCCGGCUUCCACUUCGUCGACGCCAGCUCCAUCGAAAGCCAACGGCGCCGUUGCUACCGCCUUGCCCCGGAUUGCCCUUUUGGUGCUACCUGCGCUGCUUGCCGGUGCUCUCGCAUCGGUUUCGAUGUAG